GGAGAGGGCACCACACAACCUUGCCCUGCUGGCUCAUCAAAUUCACAUUUCUAGUUUCUAAACCUGCUUCCCUUCAGCUGGCUCUCUCCUUUCAUCUGGCAUUGAGUUGGUUGUGGCCCUUUUACCACAGCCAACUACUAAGGCAGAGUAAAGCGGGAUCUUGAUAAAAACACAAGCACAGGCAGCAGAACUCAGGCAGAUGUUGCCGUUAGCUUCAUUUCCUGGGCGGAGAGCUUCUCGCUCUAUUAGACGACUAACAGGAACAAGAGAAAAAAAUAAGAGGGGAGAGAGAGCGAGAGGGUGUACAAGUUAUCUGAGCUCGGAGCUCCCACAAAUCACUUUUUUGAACAGCAAGCUCUGACAGGCAGCAGGGGGGAAAAAGAGAGAGGAGACAAAGGAAAGGUGUGAGUAGGGACCUGUGUCAGAGGAGACUCCAAGGGAGAAGGUGUGAAGGAGCAGUAGAGGGCAUAAACGAGGUGACACCAGUGGAUGAACGGAGGAAAAGCUGCGCUCCAGUUCCUCCUGCUAUUGCCGGGGUUUUCUGCUGCUGUGUCCGGAUGGUUCUGUCUCGUAAGGAGAAGGUGUGUCUGAUUCCUGAAAACUUUUUCUCCGGGACAGGGUUCCCUUGAGACUGACACUCUUGAUCGUAGGCCUGUUUGCACUUCUUUUAUCUCUGACGCAGUGUGCACUUGUAGAUGAUUUCUUUGCGUUAUCAUGAGAGCAGAUAAAGAGGCAGCUGGCGUGACAUUGAGCUGGACGCGUUGAAAGCUGGUUUAAUGCAGCUGCGCUCAGAUCACAUGCUAUUAUUUGUAAAAAGAGGUAGUCCGAGCUGAGAGCAAUCCAAGUUUGUCACAUGUUUUUCUGCAUGAACAACCCUACAGCUUCUUUAGGGUGUGUAUUUCUCUUUCCAAAGUCUUUUGAGAAUACUUAUUUGAUAUUUAAUCCACCCAGAAAAGUAAUUUGUUGACUUUCGGAUGGUACAGAAAGGACAAAAAGGCUGUGGCAGGUUAAUAGCCUCUAGGCACAGAAAGUGAGUAAGUCAGUGUCUGCCAGCACUCGUAAUCAUUUUCACUCAUUGGGCUUCAGCUCUACUCUCAUUUGCUCCACUUGCCUCCAGGGACAUGUAAUAAGAGACUGCUUACUGAGCAGUACGGCACAGAGCUGACACGUGGAGACGUAUAAACUUGCUCUGUGUAAGACAGGAUUACGCUAAAUAUUGCAGGUGGAGGACCGAAAAUCACGAUCUGGUCGGCAAACACAGAAGCAAAGACUACCGAGAGCUGUCAAACUGUUUCUGACGGAUGGCUGUUGGAGAAGUCAUGCAAGUGUUUGGGGGGCUUUCUAUGCUUGGAUGAGCUUUAUUUAGCUUUUGACAGCUCUGCUCUGGACUGGCUUCACAGUGCGGACCGUCAUUGGGUUACCUCUGUAGCUGACUCAGAGACUGGCUUAACUCUCGCCGUCUGCCUGCCCACUCUGAUUCUCUCUCUACCUGCCUUUAUGCAAACAAGACGAGUGUUAGGUGGUUUUCUCAGCAGUAUAGGGACAGCUGGGGCACUUUUUGGACUCUCCACACUGCUGUAAUUGUUCUGUUGUGUGUAAACACCUUGCGUCAGUCACACCUCUCCUCUGGAGUGAUUCACUUUUCCCAAAGCAUCCCUGACUGAAGGCAGGCAGCAAUAGAAAAUGUUGAGGCAGGAUUUGCUAACACUCAAAGUGCAGAAGGUGCUGAGUUGUAAAGUUGUUGCAAUGAAGCUGGGAUUCUUGCUGCUGAUGGCUCUGCACAUGCUGGAGAACGUGUCCAGUAUGUCCACAUGUAAAACUGUGGACUUGGAGAUAGUGAGGCAAAAGCGCAUCGAGGCUAUUAGGAGCCAGAUCCUCAGCAAACUGCGUUUGCCUAAAGCUCCUGAGCCAGAAGAAGCUGGAGACAAGGAGGACAUACCCACCACCCUGCUGUCCCUCUACAACAGCACCAAGGACAUGCUGGAGGAGCAACAGAUCGAGGUCCAGAAUACCAUCUCCCCAGAGCAGGAGGAGGAAGAGUACUUCGCCAAAGUGCUGAACAAGUUCAACAUGACGAGCAUAAACAACAUGGAGCGGACCAGAACGAUGUUCUUCAACAUUACAGAGAUCCGUAACAGUGUGGGGGAUUCCCACCUGCUCACCACUGCAGAGCUGCGGAUGCUCAUCCAGAAGACAUCCAUAGACAAAGAGCAGCGCGUGGAGCUGUACUACAGCGCCGGAGCCUCGUUCCGCUACCACGCUUCCCGCUUCGUGACCAACGCGUUCAAUAAUAAAUGGCUCUCCUUCGACGUCACCGAACCUCUGCAGCAGUGGCUCCAGGACAAAGAGGACGAGCAGAAGUUCGAACUACGCGUGUUCUGCGAAUGCGAGCAGCAGACAGUCCCCAUGUUCAACUUCUUCAUGUCGGGAAUGGGGAAUAAUCGGGGAGACAAAGCAACCUUGGAGUCGAUGGCGGAGCAGCCGCCGUACGUCCUGACGAUGUCAAUCCCGAAGAACAUGAGCAGCCACCUCACGUCGCGCAAGAAACGCUCCACCAGCGGACAGGAGACCUGCACAGCGCAAACGGAGAACUGCUGCGUUAGGAGUUUGUACAUCGACUUCAGGAAGGAUCUGGGCUGGAAAUGGAUCCACAAGCCCACAGGCUACCUGGCUAACUACUGCAUGGGGUCAUGCACGUACAUCUGGAACGCCGAAAACAAAUAUUCCCAGAUUUUGGCUCUGUAUAAACAUCACAACCCCGGAGCGUCCGCCCAGCCGUGCUGCGUUCCCCAGACGCUGGAGCCGCUGCCCAUCCUGUACUACGUGGGAAGGCAACACAGGGUGGACCAGCUGUCCAACAUGAUUGUUAAGUCCUGCAAGUGCAGCUAAAAAUAGCCGGUGGCACAACGCUCUGCGUCUUCUGGAAACAAACAACGAUGGAGAAGAUUGUUUUGAUGCCACAGAAAGGACAAUGUGAUCGUUUGAAGAGGAUCUCCAGCGCUUUUGUUUUUUUUAGGAAGUCUUUUCUUUAAAAUAAUCAAUAUUUUUUUAUGUAUUUCUAUUCAGAAACAAACAACAACAAAAAAGGUUUCCCCCUAGCAUAAUUUAAUUUAUUUGUUGUAGAACUGUCUCAGCUGGAGAUGAAAAAUGACUUCUUACUCAAAGUUUGAACAGGAAAAUAAAAAAUAAAAAAAAACGCAGAAGGACCAAAAAUAACCCUGAUGGAAGAAGUUCUGUUUUCGCAGAUGGAAUAUUUCCAUUUGUCACAGCAGCUUCCAGAGAGGUAACGGCAAAACGUGCAAAAUCCCAGGUGGAAAGCAAAGGUUGUUUGGGAAUUUCCUGGAAGAUUACACUGCUGCCAGUGCUUUCCAUAAAAGAGAAGAAAAACCCAAAGGGACUGUCCAUCCUGGGAAAACUCCCUGUGCCUGAAAGGCCGGAACAGUCAGACAGCAUUUCAGAGGAGCUGUCCAUCUGCUACGUCACGUUAUUUGUUUGUUCAACAUGUACAGCGUUCCCACCACCUUUCUGCGUUGUCAGGAAAUUUGUGCUCAUAACUUCCUGGUCCGCGAAGGUGACGGGUGUGAGAGCGAUGACACCGUGUGGCGCAGCGUUUAAAGACUUGCAGUCUGCAUGUUAGCUUUAGAUAAAGAGGCUCAGGUUAGAGAAGCCAUGCAGGCUUGUUUGGUGAUUUUACUACCAGCUGUCAAGGUAAAUUAUUGCCUUUUUGUAGCUUUAAAAGGAA